GGGCCCGCGCCCGCCCCGCCCGUGCCGCCGCGGGGCCGCUGAGGGGGUCGCGGGCCAGCAGUGCCGGCCGGGCCAUGUCGGCGCUGGAGUGGUUCGCGCACAAGCCCCUGGGCGGCGGUAUCUUUUGGAUCCAGGAGCGCUUCUACGAAUCGCGCAACCGGGCCAACAUCUGGCUGGUGCGGGGCUCGGAACGAGACGUGGUGAUCGACGCGGGACUGGGGCUGCGCAGCCUGCCCGACUACUUGCGCGACGCCGGGCUGCUGGCGUCGUCCGAGGGCGCCGGGCCGCGGCCGCUGCUGGCCGUAGCCACCCACGUCCACUUCGACCACUCGGGCGGGCUGCAGCACUUCGACGAGGUGGCGGUGCACAGCGCCGAGGCGGCGGCACUGCUCCACGGCGACAACUACGAGGCCGUGACGUGGCUGUCGGACCGGGAGGUGGCGCGGCCGCCGCGGCCCGGCUGGAGCGCACGGCAGUUCCGCGUCCAGCCCAUCCGGCCCAGCCGCCUGUUGCAGGAGGGGGAUGUGAUCAGCCUUGGAGAUCGACAGCUCACUGUCAUGCACAUGCCUGGUCAUUCACGAGGCAGUAUUUGCUUACAUGACAAGGACAGGAAGAUUUUGUUCAGCGGAGAUGUGGUAUAUGAUGGAUCUAUGAUCGAUUGGCUUCCCUACAGCAGGAUCAGUGACUACGUUGUAAGCUGCCAGCGCCUGAUGGAGUUAGUAGACAGAGGUCUUGUGGAGAAGGUACUACCUGGGCACUUUAACAUGUUUGGAGCAGAAAGGCUGUAUCGGUUAGCUUCCAACUACAUUUCCCAAGCUGGAGUUUGUCACAAGAUUUCUACCUGUGCUAUGAAAUCCAUUGCAAGCAUAGCACUUCAUGUUGCAAAUUCAAGAAUCACUUCUCAGUGACAGUUAAUUUUGUGUGAUAUGUCACCUGCUGUAUAACUAAAUGGGUUGUGAAAGCUCAGUAACAAGCAGAAGCAGUAUGUGUUAGCAAAAAGAUGGCAAAUUGAUACAGGUGAGCUUUAAAAAUUAUCCCUGUUUUCUCCUACUUUAUUCAUAUUUUUAUAAAAAUUGUAAACUUGUAGCUUUAGCCAAAGCUAUAGUUUUUCUUUCUACUUUUCACGAGUGUGUUUGUACAUGUAUUGCACUUCAAAUAUAUUGUUACAAUUCUGGCAGAUAUAUGUGCUAAAAUGAGAGGUUUUACACUCAUGGCUAAAACCUUGUUGCUGUAGUACUAGACUUGUGAUUAUUCAUCACUGCCUGCUCAGGUUUUGACCUAACAGCUCUUGCUAAGACCUAGCAUGUGCUAGGAGCAGCCAUUAGGUCACAGCAGGAGCAGCAUCUAUGCCAGACUCAGUGUCCAGAAAGAAAUAAUUCUGCAGCCAUUGCCACCUGUGGGCAUGGGGUCUGCUGCACCUCUCAGCACCUGAAGGUUUAUCUUUGCACACUACUUGCCCGGCGGUUUCUUUAGACUACACUAACACAUGGAAGUUGUGUAGACCAAACUUUCAAGCUGGAAGUCACAGAUACAUCAGUUUACCACAGAAGCUUUUGGUGGAGAUGGUUUGUUGAGGCUUUCAUGUCUCCUGGUGUGGUGCAAGGAGACAGUACACCAGGAGAGAGGAGACAAGCAGGAGCACUCUCACCAUUGGCUAGGGAACUGUUUUACUUGUAGGCAUGUGAGUUAGGAAUUAGAAAAUUUGUGAACUAAUGAAUUAAUGUGUUAUGGUACUCUGUACAAAGUGGAUUGACUUUUUGCUGGAUGUGUUUAUUUUUUUUUUCUGAUCAGCUCAUAAAAAAUAUUUAGAGAGUAUGUUGUUAAGGAAAGUUGAGAGAAGUGGACUGUGACCAGCUUAAGGCAUUUGUUUAUGCUUAAGUGUAUUUUUAUGUGACUGUGUUGUAACUUGGUUGUUAAUCAUCUGUGCUAGGGGAGGGAUUGAGGCUUUAACAUGACCUUGCCAUAGUGAAGGAGCUGUAUUAAGCACCCAGUAUACCUUUUAUCACAAAGAGAAUGUAACUCAAAUUGUUUACUGUUUGCAUCAGAAGUAUGUGCUGCACAUAGUUGUUCUGAAAUGUAAGGUGUGCUACAUGGAGUUUUUUCCAAAAAAAAUUUGAAUACAUUGAGAAAUGCUAAAUAGCAUUGUAACUUGUUUAUGAAAAUUGAAUGUGGGGUAUUUAAAAACUGCUGAAAUGGUUAGUUUGUGUGAUUAUUCUAACAGUUUGUAUAUAUGUAACUUUUUUAAAAGGACACUGUCUGAAUUUAUUUUUGUACAUAGACAUAUAUAUGUUCCAAAAAAGACUGCAAAUGUUUAUCCAAAUAUUAGUGUAGUUUAACUUCUCUCGUUUCACUUUAUGCAGAAACUUGCCCCAUCAUAGCCAAUAAGUAAGGGAGACAGAGGUUUGGGCUUUGUCUAAGGCAUGAGGGAGAGGAAAUUGAUAGCCUUCUGAAUAGAUGCAAAUUCUUCUGGGGAAAAAAAAAUUGCAAAAUUAAAAAAGCAUCUCUGUCUAAAAUUGAUGAAAACUAGUAUAUUAUGUAAGGCUUUUUUCCCUUCAUAGAUGACUACACUCCUGCCUUUACUGUGAAUAUGUUCUUUACCAGGAUUUGCACUGGUUGAUUGUUGCCUCGUUCUUCUUAGAAGUGCCUGUCUCCAAGCUGAAGCAAAAUUGUGAGUGGGCAGGACGUGUGCAGACAUGCAGCACUUGAAAGACCUGUUAUCACUCAUACCACAGGUUUUUUUUUUUUGAGAAAUCCAUGUAGAUCAUUGUGUGGUGUGAGUGUUCAGUGGGUAGACUUAAUGUCAUAAAACCAAGAGGUAUUUAUCUUGGCCUCAGCUGGCAAAGGAAGAAAUACCAAAACAGGCUGGUAAGCAGGCUGAAGGUAUACAUACCACUAAAGCUUACACCAGUUAUCCAGAGGAUGCCAUGGUGUUACAGGUUACCUGACAAUAAUUGAAUUCCUGCAAAUUAGUUGACAGUGGUGUAACGUCAGUAAUAAUCCUUCUUUUUAAAUAUUGCUUUUGUGAAGACUGUUGGAGUCCUCGUGGUAACCCUGUGCAUUAAGCCAGUCACCAAGAACUCCUAUCACAAAGCCUGACAAUAUUCAUGUCAAGUUGCUAAAGUUUUGCAAAUGUUCACUAGAAGAGUAAGAUCACUUUGAAUUGGCAUUGGUGUGUUUGAUUCAAUAUUAGAAUCUUGGUAGCCAAACGUUACUGUAUUGUAAAGCCUGAACUUCUAAGAGAAGACUCAAAACACGUCAGUUCAAAAGAAAAGACAACCUCCAUCCUCCAUCAUUUGUGUUUAAAUCUGUGUUCAGUAUCUCUAUCAGCUAUGAUCCUUAAAUGGCCAAAUCACUGUCAAAAUGCCCUAUUAAGCUAUGCUGAAUUCCACUAAGUACUUAACCAAAACUUUGACUUUUUUACUUUACCAAAUUCUAGGGGAUAUUUUCUUAAUUCAGAAGUGAGCUUAUAACCCAAAGUGGAGUUUGUUAGUAAACUGCUGCUAUAAUCCAAAUGAAAGUAGUUUUUUGAGGGUCAUGAAAUUAUUUUUUGUAUUAAAAGAAAUUCAUUACUAGAUAAACAAUACUUAAAUGAUCUUAAGUUAAAAGAGCAGUCUCUGAUUAUUUUUGUUAAGACUUAUCAAAUUUUAAUCAUAAGAGUUUGACAGCGGUCCUUUCAUGCUACUUGGAUUAAAUAUUUAAAAUGUAUAUUGUAAGUUUAAAUGCUGCAUCACAUUGAACCCUUAGAGUUGUGUUGAUUUUUUUGUAACAUCUAAAUAUAUGUUAAUUCAGUUUUCAGUCGACUGGGGAAUUGACAUAAAAAUCAGAUGGGAAGUUUUGUUCUGUAAUCUGUUAAGAUUGUUACGAUGUUAGCAGUUUGCACAUAAUUGUUUUUUGUAUUAUCAUAAUAAAAUAUUAUAAUCCUA